UAAGGGCAUGCCACAACUGCUCCCUUCGCUGCAUCACUCUCCUUUUUCGACUCAGCAUGUGGAAUGUUUUGGAAGAGGGAUCUGAUUUACCCGAUUACUGUUAACGUACAUGAUCACGAUUGCCCGGGAACACAAAGGUGAUUGUUGACUCACUCAUUUGUUCUUGAAGCUAAGAGGCACUUAAAAAAUGGCGCCUACCACCAGGAAUCACCCAAACGCACACCAAGAUGAAUCCCUAGAUGUGUGCAAUGAGGAUCAUAGGAGGGCUCUGAGGGAUCCCGAAGCCCUUGUAGAUGCCACCACACAGCUAUUCAAGGCUUUUACCAAUGGACCAGCCGUGUAUGCUGGACAGGCACAUUGGGAAAGUAAGUUUGAUCAGUUCUGCCACCUGCAUCCCCCUAUGUUCGAUGGCAAAGCUGAUGUAAUGGAGUCUGAUAACUGGAUAAGCAGGUUGGAGAAGAUUUUUCAGGCCAUCAACUGUACUGAGGAGCAGAUGGUUGAAUUUGCCACAUACAAUCUGGCUGAUGUGGCUGACGUGUGGUGGAUCUAUACCAGAAAGCUGAUAAAGCAAGAGCUUGGUGAAGAAUCCCCAAUUACCUGGACACGAUUUAAGCAGGUAUUCAGGGACCAAUUCUUCCCUGAGGUCUUUAGAGAGGCCAAGGCCCGAGAGUUUGCUGAUUUGAGACAAGGCGAUAUGUCUAUACAUCAAUAUGCAUUAAAGUUCAUCGAACUUUCACGCUUUGCCCCCUAUCUGAUCCCAGACGAGUCAAGGAAGGCUCAGAAAUUUGAGAGAGGACUGCAUCCACAAAUUCUUGAUAGAUUAAUUGCACUGAAAUUAGGGAAUUUUGAUGCGCUAGUGGACAGGGCAAUGAUCUUAGAGGAGUAUCUGCAGUCGAGAGAGGAGCAAUUCGAUAAGAAAAAACGUAAGCAACAGAUUACCGAGCAAAGCCAAAGCAAGAAGCCCUUCCAGAGUAGUGGUCAGAAGCCACCACAGAACAAUAAGCCACAACAGAAGGCUACCGGACAACAUACCACGUGUCAGACUUGCGGCAAGAUGCACAUGGGGAAGUGCUUGAUGGGAACCAACACAUGCUUCAAGUGUGGGAAACUAGGACAUCUGAUUCAAGAUUGCCCGCAGAUACGUACACCCCGAUGCCAAGAUGACCAACGAUGUGGUUGAAGAUGUUACGGAGGAAGAAAUCCCAUCUGUGACAGACCUUCUCACCCAGCAAGAGAAAUCCAUUAAUGGAAGGAAGGCCAUCUCAUGAUCGGUGGGAUUUGGAAGGGAGUUGGGGAAGAUGACCUACUUGCCAUAGAAUCUGAGGCAAGUAUUUUGCUUUAAAUCACAUUUUGAAUAGUUCUAGUAGUCAAGUAUGGACAGACAAGCUUAUUUUGCUUAUUUAAAAAAUGUACGGACAGACAAUCUGAGUUGCUGUAGUAAUGAAUAUGCCGAAAAGCAGUUGUGUUAUGAAAUUAGCUAAAUGUAAUUAAGUAAUCAACAUGGAAAUUGUUAUAAUA